CUCACCGAAUUUACAGAGUGAGCGAAUGGUUUUCGUACAAAAAUCGUUGCACAAAUUUUACUAGCAGUGGUUGCAGUAUUUGUAUUGCGAACACACGCACACCGAGACGACUGCGCGCACCAUUAGUACCUCCAGGUCCCGCACAAGCACAUCUUACGUCGAAUCCAAAACGCAAUAUACCAUUAACAUCACAAACACCUUAACGUCCGCGUCGUCCCAGUUUUAAGACAUAAGCUAAACGAAAACCAUGUUUGUGGCUUCCCGCACGACCACCGGAGCGCUGACUCCUCAGGUGCAAUCAGUGAUAGGGCGAAAUUUAGCAACCCUUGGUGGCGCAGCCGUCCCCAUCACAUACACAUCCUGUUCUGCAGGCAGGUUUCAAUAUCUCCUGGGCGGCGCAAGUUGUACCGCAGCCUCGUCCAGUCGGUGCUACACAACUGCUAUUCUUUGCAAAAGUAUCGCAGCACUCGUGGCGCUGGCAAUAAUUACAGAUUUUUUCAUUCUCUACUUGAACUAGCAUCAUGCAGCUUGGGAAAGUUCUAGCUGCAGCUUAUGUUAUACUAGUACCAGUACAAUACCGACUAUAGGUAUAGCGAUACUUUUGCGCAACUCUUGCAUAAGUGACGGGAGCCGUCCGCAGUAUGUGAUGCGCUUCGGCAAGCACCGGGGGAUUGCAAUUGAUCAAACGCCGAAGGAUUAUCAGCAGUGGCUGAUGCGGGAAAGGGUACUAUUCAAGAAUUGAUCGAUGUACAACUCAAGAAGACUAGUAGUAGUUACAAGCGGCAUACUACAGCAGGGCUCAUGCAAGGAAACAGCAGCAGUGAGUUCGACCACUUCGAUGCUAGCUGUACACUCAUCCGUGAAGUCAUUUUUUUCACCCGCGAAAUGACAGUUGUACAGUUCUUGUCCCGCCGAAUUUUUAUAUGUUGAUCAUGAUCACACCAUUUUUUCAUUUUCAGGUUUACCAAGGAAAACCGGACAUGGCAGCAGCGUUGGAAGCGUUAGGCUACAAAGUGGAUCAAUUUGACCAGUAUUCUUAGUCGUCAUAGCUUUUCAAAGACAUGAGUAUGAGGCACUGGUGUAGAAAUUUUGGAUUUAAUAGAACUAAGUACCCGCACUAGCAGAAGAGGAAGACCUGCAAAAACUAUAAAUCUCGAACAAACGUAUCUCCAGUCUGCCGCCCCGGUCGCAGUACGGGCAACCGCGGUCCUCCUUCAGCAACAGUUACCCGCGAAGCGGUGGAAACUCGUUUGGGCGCGCAACUAUCUCUUCGCCCCGGGAGGGGGCCGCGGGCCUUGUUCGGAAUGGAGGUUUAGGCUAGUUUUCGGUCUUCCGGCGCUUUUGUCCGCUCCCCUGUGGGGCACCGCAGCCGUUCUCUGCGACGUUUCUCAGUGGACGGAGUGCAUGGCGGCGCUGUUCUCCUGCCUGUAGGUUUGCCACGUCAGUAUUGCCGCCUCGCCGGAUAUAUAUUAGUCUCUCUCUUUCGCUUUCUUUUGCAGUAGACGUGGGCGGGAGUCCUCCUUUGGGCAGCUCCUUCCGUUUGCGGGGGUGGACUUGGGGACUCUGGCGCUGUACUGCUUAUUGGAUAUUGCACGGGUGAUACUCGGGGAUUUCCAGUUGGAUGGUGCGGGUAUUGGCCUUGCUACUUGGUUGCUAGCUGUUCCACCAGACGCGGAUGUGAGUUGCCUUCAGGGCCUUGCUGGCUAGGGUGUAGUGAGUGUUACUUCUACUUUCGUGGAAGGGCUUUGCUUCUCUUACUCAUUACCGGUUAGGAGGCGCUGCCUGCCGCUUCGCGCACUUUCCUUGCAAAUAUGGUCUAUGCUUCUUCUACUACGUUCCUUUGUGAUGGCCUUCGGGUAAGGAUAAGGUAACGCGAAGCCACCUCUGCUGCUGAUUAUAGCGACUUUUGCCCGCGUUGGAAGGUUGCUCUGUUUGCCGUGGAUGGGUUUUCUGUUUUCCCCUGGUGGGCAAGUGGGGCUGGGGCUGGCGCGUUUCCCCCCAUUCAACCACCGUAGGUGGGGUUCUGGGGGGGUCUUGCCCGCCUGGGGGCAGGUGGUGGAGUGGGCUGUUCCCCGCUAGGGACACUAGGCACGGCCUGCUUCGCCCAGCCCCAAUGAAUAGGCGCGGUCCAAUGGGCCGCUUGGGUGUGUGAUCAUUGUGGAUAACACUCGAAAGGAACGCAACGAAACGUUAUGGUUCAAAGACAUGACUCAUUGAUGUAGAAACUGUGGAUUUAAUAGAACUACCCGCACUAGGACUAGCAGAAGAUGAAGAACUACAAAUCUCGAACAAAACGCUCUUCAGUCUCCCGCCCCGGUCGCAGUACGGGCAACCGCGGUUAUGAAUUGCAAAAGUAUCUUCGCACUCGUGCUAAUUGCUAUUGCACUACAGCAUGACACACAUAUCUCGUCUCUAUAGCAAAAGCAGCACAACAAAUCCUAUUUUCCCUUCUGGAAAAAUCUGUAAUGCUAUUUCUACUAAAAGUAGUACGAGGAUAGGAAAGCAAAGGAUGCUACUUUUGCAAUGUAUAGCAUUCAUCUUUCAGCAACAGUUACCCGCGAAGCGGUGGAAACUCGUUCGGGCGGUCGCCGUAUCGAAACAAUUACCAGCGAAAACCGUACAUCCCGGUGGAGAAGAAGUGGGAAUCUUUGAAAAUGGAAGGAGCAGACUGGUAUGAGGUUUUUUUGUGAUUCUUGUCAACAUGCCGUGCGGCUUCAUCGUGUUCGCGCAUUUGUCCAAAUAAUCAGUCAGGAAGCAUGAGAAUGCAUUAUGAUGCACGCAUCAAUUGCAACCUCAGGUUGGAUUGCCGCAACGACAAGCGGAACCCGCGUGCCCCAGAUUUCAAGCACAAGGAGGACCGCGACUUAGCUCUGUGGAUCGACUCGGCGCACACCCCGGAGUGGGCGCGAACGUACGAUUGGGAUCUGCACUUCAAGAAGGUUGGGGAGGAGCACAGUGCAGGAAGUGGAACGGCCUAAUCCGCAGCGCGGCGCCUCCUGUGUUCACCUAGUACACGAUGAAUCGUGAUUAUUUUUCAAAUCGAAACUCAUCUUCAACGGAGGAUUAUUGUUGUACCUGUGCUCAGUGAAGAGCACCAUCUAGAAGUAUACGUUGACCUUGACAUUGUGUUACGUUACUUUUUAUCAUUUUUAUGCAAGUGAUGAAAAUUUCAUUGUACCAAAACCCUAUUGUUGUAAAUGACCACUGCAUCAUUGAUCAAUUUCAAGUUAUUUACAGCCACAAAAAUAAGCCUCAAGAUCACCCCUGGAGGCUCUCUGUGGAUCAUGUUGUACAGGCUGGACGAGGUCGUGCUGGCACUGCAUCGAAACACUUUUUUAUGGGUGACAGAGAAACAGGAGGCACACCGGUUCCUGGCGUCGACGUCAGCCCCCCCCCGCCCCAGUUGCAAGUUAUUUGGUCAACUACCCAAAGAAGUGCCUAUCAUUAUAUAUAAGCACGCGGCAGCUCGUCCUAACCCACAAAUUAAUGAAAUUACACUUGCUACUAGUACAGAAACAGAACCAAAUACCGACGAUAACUUUCUACACCUACUAGCAUGAGUUCCAACGAUCCAAAUUAGCGAAAAUUCGUUUCUACCUCAGACGAGAUUCUGUAAGUUUUGAAAAAAGAUGGCAAUAAGAAGAGCGACAUGUUGAGAACCACUAUAGCAAGUUUUUACCCCCACCUGGCGUUGACAAGGUGCGUUUGAUGCACCCAGCAUUUGUACUUUUUCCAAAAGAAGAAAACUUAAACUGCGGAGAGGAAUUGAUGUGAAAAACAU